AUGCCGACACUCACCCCAUCUUCGCUGACGUCUGGCUUCUUUCAAGAACUCCCCACGGUCUUGCCGGCCUACACUUCACACCCAAGCGCCGUCGCAUGUACUUCCCCGGGCCAUGUCCAUGGCGACGACCCAGUAGUUUCCCGCCUCAUAGCCCUGUACCUCCCCUCUCCCACGCCAUCCCACAUCCCAACACAUCUCCACAACCUCUCCCGCCAAGUCAUCUCACCAGAUACACUCGCUCACACCAUCGAUGCUGACACAAACCCACCGACUCUGCACCCACUAACAACCUUCGGCGCACCCAACAACACCAAUGCCCUGCGCACGUCUCCUGGCUGGAAAGCACUCAAGGACAUUCAGACCAACAACGGCGUCGUAGGAAAUGGAUAUCCCCAACCUCCAGAUGCAUGCUCCUCCCAGCAAGGCGAGGUGGAGUAUAACUUGCGUGUGCAUCAGUUCCUGACACUGCAUAUAUGGGAGGCUUCAGCUGCGGUGGUGACAUGUCCGGUGGCGAUGACGGAUGGUGCUGCUGUGCUACUGCGGAAGGAGCUGGGUCGGCAUGAUCUGGAUGCAAAGGCGAGGAAGGUCUUCGGUGCAGCGUAUGAGCGGCUGAUCAGUAAUGAUCCGAAGAAAGCAUGGACGAGUGGGCAAUGGAUGACAGAGAGGAGUGGUGGGAGUAGCGUCGCUGGGACGGAGACUGUGGCGAGGAAGAUGGGAAGGGAGGAAAUUGAGAGGGAGCGAAGAGAUCGGAGAGAUGUUGAUACGGAGGGUAAUGCAUUGGGGGAGUGGUUGAUUAGUGGGUUCAAAUGGUUCAGCUCAGCGACGGAUGCGGAUUGCGUGGUGUUGCUGGCGAAGACGGAGAAGGGCAUCAGUGCGUUCUAUGCGCCGAUGAGGAGAGCGCUGGGAGGUGGAAAGGAGGGAAGUGUGAUGAACGGCGUGCAGAUUAGCAGGUUGAAGAAUAAAUUGGGGACGAAGGCUGUGCCGACGGCGGAAUUGGUGAUUGACGGUAUGAGAGGUUGGUUGCUUGGUGAGGAAGGGAAAGGCGUGAGGAUGAUUUCGGCGAUAUUGAACAUUACCCGACUGCACACAGCGCAGAGUGGUGUAGGGAUGUGGAGAGGCGGCCUUGCAGCGAGCAGGGCAUUUACGAGAGUCAGAAAGGUGCAGGGAGGCAAGAGACUGGAAGACAAUGUACAGCAUAUGAAGUGGAUGGCGGACGAGACGGUGGCGUAUCGAGCGAUGACCAACUUGUAUAUGUUUGGUGUGGCACUACUGGGUCACACAGAGUAUACCGGACCUACGACUAAGGCGCAUGAGAUGAGCCUUCUCCCAGAGAAGCACGCAGAUGCGGAUGCUCUAUUGAGGCUAUUGACACCUGUGAUGAAGGCCUGCUGUUCACUUCGGGCGGUCGAAGGUCUGCGAGCAUGUAUGGAAAGUCUUGGUGGCGUGGGAUAUUGCGAAAACAACGAAGACGAUGGAGUGCUGAAUAUUGCACGACUUUUCCGUGAUGCAAACGUGAAUCCGAUCUGGGAAGGAACGACAUCUGUUCUCGCAGAAGACAUCGUGAGGGCAUUGCAGAUCAAGACAAGAGGUGUUGCGGAAUUCGAGAAGGUAUAUGGUCAGUGGUUACAGAAGGUAGUUGCGAGCAUUGCAGCGAAGGCACGACACCUGUUUAACAGAGAGAUCAGGGCAGUGCAGGCAGUGUAUUUGUCAUUCAAGAGGUCACUGCAAGAUAAGAGCGAAGAGCAGAUACUGUGGCAGGGACGAUCGAUGUUGGCGUAUUUCGAGGCUAUCACGACUGCAAUUGUGCUGAUGGCAGAUGCAUGUGUCGACCUUGAGGAAGUCGCGAUUGAGGUAGCACGAAGAUGGGUGCGAAUGAAAGUCAGCGCAGGCCGUGGUGAGGUCGAGCAUUGGGCAAAGGAGGUUGAUCUUGACCGAAAGAUUUUCCUAGGCCAGUCCAAGUCUCCUGCAUCAGAGUCUGCUGGCAAUUUGUCGAAGCUGUAG